AUGCGGACCUCUACCUCAAUGGCGCGCGCGGCGCUGGCGCUGGCGCUGACGGUGCUGGUUCUCUCCGCCGUCUGCAGCUUCCCCGGCGCGAGCUGCACCAAGGUCUCGUACGACGACCGUGCCCUCGUCAUCGACGGCGAGCGCCGCAUCAUCCUCUCCGGCUCCAUCCACUACCCGAGGAGCACGCCCGAGAUGUGGCCCGAUCUGAUCCAGAAGGCCAAGGACGGAGGUCUCAACACGAUCGAGACCUACGUCUUCUGGAAUGGCCAUGAGCCACGCCCUCGUGAGUACAACUUCGCGGGAAACUACGACAUCAUGAGGUUCUUCAGUGAGGUCCAGAAGGCCGGCAUGUACGCCAUCCUUCGCAUUGGCCCCUACAUCUGUGGCGAAUGGAAUUACGGAGGACUGCCUGCUUGGCUGCGUGACAUCCCUGACAUGCAGUUCAGACUUCACAACCAGCCUUUCGAGCACGAGAUGGAGACUUUCACCAAGCUGAUAGUGAACAAGAUGAAGGACGCCAACAUGUUCGCUGGGCAGGGAGGCCCCAUCAUUCUCGCUCAGAUCGAGAACGAGUACGGGAACAUUCAGAGUGGCUUGCCCGACCAGCAAUCCGCCACCAAGUACAUCCACUGGUGCGCGGAGAUGGCCAACAACCAGAACGUCGGCGUGCCGUGGAUUAUGUGCCAGCAGUCCAACGACCUUCCACCCAAUGUGCUGGAAACUUGCAAUGGUUUCUACUGCCACAACUUCAAGCCCAAAGAAAACAUGCCUAAGAUAUGGACGGAGAACUGGACUGGAUGGUUCAAAGCCUGGGACAAGCCAGAUUAUCAUAGGCCCGCUGAGGAUCUUGCUUACUCGGUCGCCAUGUUCUUCCAAAACCGUGGAUCAGUUCAAAACUAUUACAUGUAUCAUGGCGGAACGAACUUUGGCCGUACUACUGGAGGUCCAUACAUCACAACUUCCUAUGACUACGAUGCACCUUUGGAUGAGUAUGGUAACAUUAGGCAACCUAAAUAUGGCCACUUAAAGCAGCUUCAUGCUAUGCUGACUUCCAUGGAGAAGCAUCUCGUCUACGGCCAGCAAAACGAAACCAGCUUCGACGACAAAGUCAAAGCGACAAAGUACACCUUGGACGAUGGCUCGUCUGCCUGCUUCAUCAGCAACAGCCAUGACAACGAGGAUCUUAAUGUGACCUUUGAAGGGUCUACUUACCAGGUACCAGCAUGGUCCGUCAGCGUUCUGCCUGACUGCAAGACUGUCGCAUACAACACCGCUAAGGUUAAGACACAGACAUCUGUGAUGGUGAAGAAAGAAAGUGCGGUCACCCAGGGUUUGAAGUGGUUCUGGCUUCCUGAACUCUUGAAGCCUUUCUGCACCGAUCGUAGCGGCUCCUUCAGAAGAAACGAGCUCCUGGAACAGAUUGUUACAGGAGCUGAUAAGAGCGACUACCUGUGGUACAAGACAAGUCUGACCAGUGGUGCGGAAGAGGAGUUCACGCUGUAUGUGAACACCACCGGCCAUGAACUCUAUGCAUUUGUCAACGGGGAGCUCGCUGGUUACAAGCACUCCAUGAAUGGGCCAUAUAUCUUCCAGUUCCAGGCUCCGGCGACAAUGAGAGCCGGCAAAAACUACAUCUCCCUCCUCAGUGCUACCGUCGGCCUCAAGAACUAUGGAGCCUCCUUCGAGCUGAUGCCCGCUGGUAUUGUCGGUGGGCCGGUUAAGCUGGUUCGUCCCGACAGCAGCGCCAUUGAUCUUUCCCACAGCACCUGGACUUACGAGACUGGCUUGUAUGGUGAGAGCAUCCAAAUCCAUCUGGACAAGCCUGACCUCGAGUGGAGCUGCCACCCCGUCGUCCCAGUCAACAGGCCCUUCAGCUGGUACAAGGCUCUCUUCCACGCUCCUGAUGGUGAGGAUGCCGUGGUGGUGGACCUGGCUGGCCUGAACAAGGGCGUGGUGUACGUGAACGGCCGCAACCUGGGGCGCUACUGGCCAAGCUACAUCGCGGGCAACAUGGACGGCUGCCACCGCUGCGACUACAGAGGGGCAUACAAGACCUGGGACAACCAGGAGAAGUGCCUCACUGGCUGCCACGAGAUCGGCCAGCAGUUCUACCACGUCCCGCGGUCCUUCCUCAACGCUGGAGGGCUCAACACCAUCGUGCUGUUCGAGGAGGCCGGUGGCGACCCGACCAAAGUGAACUUCAGGACGGUGGUCGUCGGGUCGGUGUGCAUCAAUGCAGAGAAGGGCGACAGCAUCACGUUGGCGUGCGCAAACGGUGGGACCAUCUCCAGCAUCGAAGUCACGAGCUUCGGUGUGGCCAAGGGCCAGUGUGGCUCGUACGAGGGAGGCUAUGAGUCCAAGCCAGCCAUGGAGGCGCUGUCGGCGGCAUGCCUUGGAAAGGAGUCGUGCACCGUGCACUAUACUGACGAAUUGGACUCUGCUGGCAGCGAGGGAUCCGGCGGCGUGCUCACCGUCCAGGCUACAUGCUAG